AUGAGUUUCCUCCUUCGUUUCAUUUAUUUUGUUUUCAUCGUUUUAAGUUUUCUAAACACGUUUGUUUCUCCUACACAAGACCAAUGUCAUCCCGACCAAAGAGAUUCUCUUCUUGAGUUCAAAAAUGAGUUUGGGAUUCAGAAGCCUGAUUUUGGUGAUUUAGAAGUCUCCUUUUAUCCGAAGACAGAAUCAUGGGCGAAUAAAAGUGACUGCUGUUCUUGGGAUGGUAUCACUUGUGAUGCUAAGUCGGGCAACGUGAUCGGACUAGAUCUUAGUUCCAGCUGCCUUCAUGGCCGGCUCAAAUCCAACAGUAGUCUUUUUAGAUUGCGUCAUCUCCGUGAUCUGAGCCUCGCUUACAACAACUUCACUGCUUCUCCAAUCCCAGCUGAUCUUGAUAAACUCGUGGGGCUAGAAAACCUUAACCUCUCUUAUUCUUCACUUUCAGGCCAAAUUCCAACCAAGCUUCUUCAACUAACCAAGUUGGUGUCUCUAGAUCUUUCUACUUCUUCCUUUUUAUCCGUUGAUGAAUCAUUUCUUCGACUACUAGCUCGAAACUUGGCGAACCUUAGAAAACUGGAUAUGAGCUACGUAAACAUUUCUUCAAAACUCCCCCACGAGUUUUCAAACAUGUGGUCUCUAAGAUCGCUACGUCUUGCCAACUGCAACCUGUUUGGAGAAUUUCCUAACAGUGUCCUUUUGAUACCCAACUUAAAGGCCAUUAGCUUGGACCACAAUCCAAAUCUGAGAGGCAAUUUUCCCGCUUUUGGUGAAAAUAACUCUCUGCGAAUCUUAAGCUUUUUCGAAACAUCCUUUACAGGUACCAUACCUGACUCUAUCACCAACCUCAAACAUUUGACUUACUUGUCCCUUUCCAACUCUAAUUUUUUGGGGAAGAUUCCGUUUUCACUUGGGAAUCUUUCUCAUCUUUCCUAUCUCGAUCUUUCUUUUAACAACUUUGUUGGUGAAAUACCCUCUUCACUUGGCAAUCUAAAACAAUUGACCGUUUUUGAUGUUUGGAGUAACAAGCUCAGCGGUAACUUACCCUCUGAAUUACUCAAUUUAACUCAACUACGUUCUAUGACUCUCUGUUAUAAUCAGUUGUCAGGUUUCCUUCCACCUAACAUUAGCCAACACUCCAAACUAGAGGGUUUUUUCGCCCGUAAGAAUUCGUUUUCAGGACACUUUCCUUCCUCCCUAUUCAAGCUUCCCUCAUUGACUGAUAUCUAUUUGGAUUAUAACCAACUCAGCGAUCUCGUUGGGAUUGAGAAUGUCUCUUUGUUGCCUAGUUUACAAACCUUUUAUAUUGGCAAUAACAAUUACAGAGUUAGUCCAAUUGACUUAAAUGUCUUCUCGCCCCUCAAGCAGCUAAUUGGAUUCUCUCUCUCAGGCAUCCCUCUUUCAUCAACAAACAUCACUUCUGAUUCAGAUUUCCCAUCGCAUUUGGAAAGUUUGGACUUGUCACGCUGCAACAUUACUGAGUUCCCUGAGUUCAUAAGAAACCAAAGAAAUCUACAUUCUCUAGACAUUUCCAACAACAAAAUCAAAGGUCAAGUACCAGACUGGUUGUGGAAGCUACAAGAAUUGUCAUAUUUGAAUCUUUCAAGGAACUCUCUCAGCAGUUUCAAGGGAUCUUUAAAUGUUUCUACUGGGUGUCAAGUCUCUGUCGUAGAUCUAAGUUCAAAUACUUUCCAAGGACCUAUCUUCAUCCCAUCAAGAUUCAUCCGAUAUUUGUUUGGCUCCAAGAAUAACUUCACCGGAGAAAUACCUCGAUCAAUAUGUGGACUAGGUUCUCUACUCGUCCUUGAUCUAUCAAACAACAACCUCCAUGGAUCAGUUCCUCAGUGUUUAGGAGAUCACAUCCGUUCUCUUUCAUAUCUGAACCUUCAUAACAAUCACCUCAGUGGAAGUCUUCCUGAUAUAUUUAUGAACGCCAAGGAUUUGAGGUCACUUGAUGUCAGUCACAACCGCUUCGUAGGUAAACUCCCAAUUUCUCUAAAUGGUUGCCUAAACCUAGAAGUUCUGAACGUGGGAAGCAACAAAAUCAACGAUACUUUUCCAUUCUGGUUAAGUUCUCUGCAAAAGCUACAAGUUCUUGUGCUCAGCUCAAAUUUGUUCCAUGGUGCGUUACAUCAACCCAAAGUUAAUUUUGGGUUUCCUCAUCUACGGAUCAUUGAUGCAUCACAUAAUGACUUCACUGGAAUGAUAAGGUCAGAUUACUUCAUGAAUUGGAGUGCCAUGUACUCAAAUGAAGACAACACGCGAUUGAAGUACUUGGGAGAUAACAGUUACUACUACGAUUCAAUUGUCUUGAUGAGCAAAGGAAUAGAAAUGGAGAUGGAACGUAUCCUCACAAUCUACACAGCCAUUGAUCUUUCUGGAAACAAAAUCCAUGGAAAGAUUCCUGAAUCUCUAGGUUUGCUGAAAGAACUUCAUGUUCUCAAUUUGUCAAGAAAUGCUUUCACGGGCCACAUUCCAUCAUCUUUCGCAAACCUUACGUCGCUUGAAUCACUGGACUUAUCAGAAAACAGGAUUUCAGGAGAGAUCCCUCCAAAGCUCGGGGACCUCUAUUCCCUUGGGUGGAUAAAUGUUUCACAUAAUCAGCUUGUGGGUUCAAUACCGCAAGGCACACAAUUUCAACGGCAAAAUUGCUCAUCGUACGAGGGAAACCCCGGACUGUAUGGUCCUUCUCUUAAGGAUGUUUGUGGAGAUAUCCAUGCGCCAACAUCUCAACAAUCCAGACUGCCAGAUUCAGGAAAAGAAGAAGAAGAGGAAUGGUUGAGUUGGGUAGCAGCAGGGUUAGGCUUAGCACCUGGAUUUGUAUUUGGAUUGACGAUUGGAUACAUAAUAGCUUCAUACAAACAUGAGUGGAUCAUAAAUAAUUUUGGCCAAAACAAGCGCCGGGGAAACCGAGCUAGUUAG